AUGACUUCGGUUCAAUUCCUUCGUUCUCAGCCUUUUGGCAAGCCUCUUGUAUGGGCGAACAAUCGACAAGCCCUUUGCGAUUCUUUGUCAUACUAUAAAUCACAUCAAGGCAGCCUUUAUACAUCAGAAAAAACCGCCAAAGGCAUUCUUAUUAACAAGCACGCCACAGUGCGUGACAUGAUGGGACCUGAAGUAAUUAUCACCACACUCGGCGGUGGUCGGGAAAAGGAGAAAAGCAGUGGCGACAUGUUCCGGGCCAAGGAGGGAUCUGAAUCCCUUUUCCACGCUUGUGUUGAUGCUAAGGCACGUAUUAUGCCAAUCGGAGUCAUCUUGGGUGACAAGUACCCCCUGCUUCCAAUUCAGGUCGAUCAUGACUACAACGUACUGGAUUUCUUCACCAUCACAGAUAUCUGGUCCGAAAGAGACACGAGCAGCCCAGAUGGUAUUCCAGUCUGGAAGAUUCGACUUGAGAAGACGGAUCGCUCUAAGCCGUCUUGGUGGCAAUCUAAGGAUGACGUGCAAUACACAGUUCCUGUUAAAGGGUUUCCCCAGGGUGAAACUGACUGCAACAAAUGUGGCCAGUCGUCCAAGCAGAUUUUCUCGCAGAUUUGGACGUGCCUAAAUGGCGAGUGUGAAGAUUCCCUCGCCGUUCCUGACCACGUGAACAUCCAGGAGCUAUCUUUUGCGUCUCACCAAGCUGCUCCUCUGGCAUGGUGUGUGGUAUGUCACAAGGUCAGCAAAACAGUGUUCUCCUGCACUUGGGCUUGUCUUAACAAAAUCUGUUCGGCUUAUUUCGACUUCCCAACUGGUACUGACGUCAACAAUCUGACCUACUCGGAUGAGUUUCUACACGAGCGAACAGCCCAUACACUCCCAGCACAGUUUACAGUGAAGCCCCAACUCCCAAAUAUGGAGAUGGACGGUCUGCUGGGGACAGAGAAAGAGAUGCGGACAGGGAUUGUCUGUCCUCAGUGCGGUUGCUGUUCAAGACGAAGGUUGUGGACAUGCUGGAACUAUGAGAAUCCAGCAUGCACCUUCGUCUUGAAUGCGAAGCCGCUACCCUACCCACUGAGCGUGGUACAAGCUGAAAUAGAUCAGCAGAGGGCAAAGCCGACCUUUGACACUGCAAAGGUCAAUGAAAACAUCUUGCAGGCCAGCUACACUGGGAAUGGUUAUGCCAUAGAACAGUAUCUACUCCCUGACCCUAAUCAAAAUACCAAGUCAGCAAUUGUUGGAUCCGUUACCAUCUUUCGGUCGAACAAAGCUAUCAACUCUGAAUCAGGCGGGCCAAAUGAUAUGUGGGAUGACCUUCAGAGACAAACGGCCACAAUGGAUUUUGGCCUCCAAAGAAAGCCUGCAAUGCACGCCGGCUUACCAAAUGAGACUCUGACUCGUCACUUUCUGCAGAACUGGGGUGCUCCGUACAAGUUUGCCGUUGCGGUGGCAUCCAAACCAUUCACCGAGGCACCAGACUCGAUAAUCGGGGCUCUCAAAAGAUUGAGAUGGGCUGGCCGGAUCUCAGUCAGUAAAACGAACAACGCUUUCCAAAAGGAAAUGGUGAAUGUAGCUCGAUGCGCCUCUCUCUCCGAAGACUUUGUCGAAUUCAAUGAGCUCCUCUCGUUGGGUUACAUGGAGGAUGACAGAAUAAACUUCCACGAUGACGGCGAAAAUACCUUAGGGCCAACAGUGGCAACACUGUCUCUAGGAAGUCCGGCUCAGAUGGCCUUCCGUCAUAAGAAAUCGUAUGCGAAAAACAAGCUUGUUGUCCUGAAAUUUCCACUUUGUCACGGGGAUCUGGUGGUCAUGCAUGGUACUCGGAUUCACCGAGCAUACGAGCACAUGGUUGACCCCAAGGGAAAACGCCGGUUUGCCUUGACAUCUCGACACAUUGAUCUGGAGACGUUGGAUGAACAGGCUCGCGUUGAUGCGGUUCAAAAGAGUAUUCUCCCACAAAUUUCCGCGGCCUGGGAUUAUCCCAAGAUCAACUCCCAGAUGGCGGGCAACAAGCAUGAUAGCGACACCACUGAACCUAUCAACAAAAGACGCAAGACCAAGGCAUAG